UUAAAACAUAAAAGAACCAGUGGUUGGAACAGGAGGUUCAAUGAGGUCAGCUGCUGUUUGUCAGCAUCGAUCCUCUUUAUAUUUAAUCAUCUGAAUAUCAAAAACACAACCACGUAAUAAUAAGGAAGUAGUUGAGGGAGUGUCAAAGUGAGCUGCGUGUGUUGUUACAAACACACACACGCAAACACACACAGAGAGAGAGAGAGAGGAUCGAUGUUGCUGCUGCUCUGAAUGAACGAAGAUGUUUUCCCGUGCAUCAAUAAAUAGGAUUUCUAAGAGAUUUAAGAAGAAGAAGAAAUACAACCCGCUCGACUCCACACUAGAUUUAGUCGGCAGAAGGGACGACUUGGAUCCAUUUUCUUCAGAAGACGGCGACGGUGGUCCCCGAGCAGUGAUGUCCUGUGGACACGCUGUCUCCCCUGAGACUCUGACACAGUGUUGCCGCAGCCAGCUGGAUCAGGGGAAUUAUAAGUUCAGAUGCCCUGCAGUGGGAGAGGGAACCAAACGGUGCAAUAAGCGGUGGUCGUAUAAAGAAGUUCGCCGACUGGCCAUUCUGUCAGUGUCGGAGAUGAGGCACUUUGAAGAGACCAUGGCUCGUCUGGCUGCUGCAGACUUCUGUGACAUUCAGCCUUGCCCACAGUGCAAUACGUGUGUGGAGCGAAAGGAUCUAUCCAACCUGUGUGUCCAGUGCACCAUCUGCACAGCUGAUCAGAGGACGAAAUACCAAUUCUGUUGGCAGUGUCGGAGGAAGUGGAAAGGUUGGUGUCCUCGGUCGGACCGCUGCAACAACGACAGCUGUGCCAACAAGGACCUCCAGCUUCUACAGAUAUGUCGCACCAUCAGUCUGCCUGACGUGGAGGGUGUCACCAGCUGCCCGUCAGUCAGGGCCUGCCCGACAUGUGGCAUGAAGGUGGAGCACAACCAACAACACUGCAAGAACAUUGACUGCCCUCGAUGCCAAGUGCCGUUCUGCUUCCUCUGCCUGAAACUAAAGCGUGAAUGUUGCCAGACCAGUUCACCGUACGAAAUCUGUCUGGGUGGUGUGGCUCCCAGACAGACCUCCAUCCCAGUGUGGCACAGGAGAUAAAAACGAUAUAAAAGGUCUGUCUCUAGUGGCAGUCUCUUAAAAGUUUCACUCAUUAAGAUUUAGGUGACAGGGAUCGGUUAUACGAAAUAAUCAUGAUGUGAUGUGUUUCACCUAAAGUGUGUGAAUUGUGGUUUUCUUUACCCUAGAAUGGGCCUUUAUAUUUAAAUACUUUAUAUAUUUACAUCGGGAGCGGAUAAUGUGAUUAUAUGAUGCAUUUAAACACCAGUUUGUACAAUCAUCUUUAAAACCUUGCAGCCUCUUAUUCCUUUGCUUUGUGAUAUUUUACCACAUCAUAAGAGAUAAUGAGAGAUCUACUACUAUUAAGUGGUAAAAUUAAAAUUUUUAUUCAAAUGAACUGUGUGUGAAUA